AUGACCCGCUACUCUGCGGAAGCCGAGAAUGCGGCUCGAAGCUGCAAGACCAGCGGUUCUGACAUUCGUGUCCACUUCAAGAACACCCGAGAAACAGCUAACGCUAUCAAGGGUAUGCACUUGAACAAGGCCGUUCCCUACCUCAAGGCCGUCAUCGAGGGUAACCGAUGCAUCCCAUUCACCCGAUUCGAUGGCUCCAUGGGCCGAACUGGUCAGACCAAAGAGUUCAAGUCCACCACCUCCAAGGGUCGAUGGCCAAAGAAGUCCUGCCAGCACAUCCUCUCCCUCCUCAAGAACGCCGAAUCCAACGCUGAGGUCAAGGGUCUCGAUGUUGAUGCCCUCGUGAUCGAUCACAUCCAGGUCAACGCCGCCGCCAAGCAGCGACGACGAACCUACCGAGCUCACGGUCGAAUCAACCCCUACAUGGCUUCCCCAUGCCACGUCGAGAUCAUUCUCUCCGAGAAGGAUUUGGCUGUUCCCCGAGCUACCGAAUCUGGAUCCAAGAAGGUCUCCCAGAAGAAGCUCAAGAAGCAGAAGAUGAUGGCUGCUCAGCAGGGUGGCUUCGAGUAA